AUGACGUCAGCGCCACCAACGACGUCAGCAUGGCGUGGUACCAGCGACCAUAACGUCACGGAAACGGCUUUCGAUGCCGCUAAAUGUAAACUCUCAGCAAUGACACUAGGCUACUUCCAAGACCCCUUUCUGCGCUUUUUCGUGGACAAACCUACACGUCGCAUUCCUCUUAUCCAUCGCGGUUAUUACUUGCGACACGUUGCUCUGGAUCGAUGCGUUGAGCUCUUCCUCUCGCAAUAUUCGACGGCGUCUCAAGUGAACAUCGUGUCGUUGGGAGCUGGGUUUGAUACGCUGUUUUUUCGACUACUGCAAAAGCAUCAAUUUGCUGGCAACAUUGCGUACACGGAAGUGGACUGUGACGCCAUUGCUACUACAAAGUCCAAGCUGCUGAAUGACCCUGCUGUAUUCGCGGGGCUUUUUCCAAAAGACGCCACCAACUUGAGUGGCGUUGCUCCUCGUGCCGACGAGAAAGUGGCAUGGCGAUGCCAAAUGCAGUCUGCCUCGUAUUCAAUUAUUGCUUGCGAUCUUGGUGACCUCGAGAAGAUGGGCGCGAUGCUGGACGCUGCUGGUGUUGAACGAUGCGUGCCCACGCUAAUCCUUGCUGAAUGUGUCGUGUCUUACUUGGCGCCAGAAAAGGGUACAGAGCUGCUUCAUUGGCUUGGUAAAGCUUUUUUUACCUGCUCCAUUGCUCUAUACGAUCCGAUUGGACUUCAUACAAUCGACACCAGCGAGCGGGUUGCUUCCGCAGGUACAAAACUCGAACGAGAGUCCAGUGCCUUUAGCUCGACGCUUCAACUAUACUUUGCAGCGAAAGGGUGCACUUUACGCGGUGCACGAGGAUACCAGACAGCAGCUGACCACUGUCGGCGUCUGCUUGCUCGUGGUCACUGGAAGAAUUGUCGUAUUCUCGAUAUGAACGGGGUGUUUGCGGCGUGUACGACUGUUGAGGAGAAACGCAGGCUAGCGUUGCUGGAACCCUUCGACGAGUAUGCCGAUUGGAUGCUGUGCAAUGCGCAUUACGCAAUCUGUCUUGCAGACAACUGCAACAAUCAGGAUGAAAAUAGUUAUGGGUGGAUCACCAAGCUUGUGCCCCAUACGCAACAAUACCGGUACCUCCUGAUGGCGGGCGUUGUGCUAAAACAGCAGAACCAGGAGAAGUCUUCCGAAGUAGUGAUUAUACGAUCAUUUCAGCUCUGCGACUUGGCUGCUGUGCGGUCACUCUUCGAAAGCACACAUCUCGAUUUCGGAAAGGAAUCACGUGCUGUGCGCCAGUUUGUUGCGAAUCGUCUCAGUGGUCCCAGUGGCGACAUGUUCGAUGUACAUCAAACUUUUUUAAAACCAAACGACUCCGGUGUUCUGACGAGCGGUUUUUGGGUUGCUGAAGUGAACGGGGAAAUCGUUGGAUGUGUUGGACUGAAGCCGCUCGCAUUAUCACCAAAGCAACAGGUGGACUUCGAACAAGGGAGCUGCAGUGCCGAAUUAUGUCGGCUAGGUGUUGCUCCUACAUUCCGACGACGUGGUGUGGCUUCAGCUUUAGUGCGAGCUGUCGAGGCUUUCGCUGUAUCGUGCGGUGCUUACAACAAGAUCUGCCUCGAGACUAUCGGAGCAAUGGAAGAUGCCCAAAAACUAUACCGUGUACUCGGAUACGUGGAACAAGCGGACAAGGAGAAGCAGCAUAGCUCGUUUAAGCUCGUACGUUUCCAGAAGACGUUGUAA